UUUUUUUUAAAUUUGUUGUCAACUCAAAUAAAGUUCUGUUAUUGCAAUCUUACGCGCAAUUUUUCUAUAUUUACUUACUUUCUAAACCUUUCUUGGCCAUGCUCGAAUAUUUCAAGACUAAAAUUAGCCAGAUUGGUGUGGCAGUUCUCGACUUUCUGCGAGACUAACGAACAGCAAUUCGUUUUUAUAUCUAUAAGAAUACAAAUGAAUAAAUAAAUCUUAUUAGACUACAAACUUGGAUUACCAAUCAGUCAAAACUCUAGUGAGUGGCAACAUUGGCAAUUUGACAGCUGCAAUAACUAUACUGACAUUUGCCAUUCAGCUGUUCAAUUUGUUCAACAAACAAGGCGCGACAAAAAUUUGUUUAUAAAAGUAUUCAAAUAUUAAAAUUUACUAACAAUAAAAUAAAGUCAAGAAGAUCUUCAGAUGAUUAACAACCUAAAAUACAGUCAUCAAAAUGAUACAUGAAGUGCUGAUGUCUUGUUUGAAUUUGCAAUCGAAGUAUUUAUCCUUGGAAGACUUCACCGCAACAGAUGUUUCAACUUUCUUGCAUCCUUGUGAAAAACUUGUACUACAGGACAUUAUCGCUAUUAUUAAUUUAUUGCGUGACAUAGAAAAAUUUGCAAAAGUGUGCGGCAGCAAUAAUAGUGUCAAUAGAAAUGUAGCAAUCUUCGACACAGAUGAGCCACUGCAGAAGGGGCUAUAUUUGAAGGCAUUUGCAAAUGGUAUAGACACUGUUUUAAGGGAUUACUUUGACAACAUUACAGCGCUUGAAGAAAGUUAUCUGAAAAAUCCAACAAAUUUCUCGCUUCUUUUUAUAUAUCGAAAUUUAAAGACAUAUGAACCGUUAGCGCUUUAUUUGCGAAAAUUGAUACGCGUCAUACGAAGUCAAAAAUUACAUGGCUGCGAAAUUAUGCAGUUUCUGCAUCAAAAUGCAGAGCAUGGUGAUCAGAAAAUACGUGCUGCCAUUAAAACCUUGCAACUGGCAGUGAAUGUGGUCUUCUUCAAACAACUUACACAUUGGAUACUUUAUGCCAAAAUAAUUGAUACAUAUGGUGAAUUCUUCAUACAGUGCUCGGAGGGUAAUAUCAAUAGCGCCGCCGAAAGUGAUACCAGUAAAUGCGCUAGCACCGAAAGUGGCAAGCAUGCGAGUACAAUAACUACAUUGUCAAAAGUGGCGAGUACAUAUGCCGACAUUUGGCGUUAUGAAAUAUGCUAUGAGCUGCUGCCACAUUAUUUACCCGCUGGAUGGGCCGAAAAGGUACUCUUCAUUGGACAAACAAUACUCAUAUUUAAAGCAGAUGCUAAUAAACACAAGAAUCUCACACAAAAUUGGAGUAAAACCGAGCACACCGAUCUGGAGGACGAAAGCUCGCUGAGCAAUGAAAAGGAGCAUAUUUAUUUUGGCAAAAUACAAAUGCUACAGAAUGAUGAGGAAUUAAAUGUGCAACACUAUGAAAGCAUUGUUAAUGAAAUCAAAUCUUAUUUAACAACACGCUUGUCUGAAAUAGCAAUCAAUCAAGCGGAUUUGGUGCAUCAACUAAAAUUGAUUAAAGAAUAUUUCUUAUUGGGCCGCGGCGAAUUGUUCUUGGAAUUUUUGCGUCUCACACAUGUAAUUAGCAGAGACAGAUAUAAUGAAAACAAGGUGCAUGAUUUCGUUAAAGCAUUUGAAUCUGCAGCGCAUGGUGUUGGUGUUUCUGAAGAUUUGGAACGUUUCGCACUUAGCAUCACCAAACCGCUGAUGCAUACCAAUAAUCCAAAAGAUAUAGAACACAAUUAUUUGCAUUACAUGCAGCUAAAUUACAAAAUCAAUUGGCCAUUACAUCUGUUGUUCUCACCAAAGGUGAUUGACAAUUAUAAUAUACUCUUCCGUUUUCUGCUGUUAAUAAAGAAAAUGCAAUUCGAACUACAUAUGCUGUGGUCGAAUAAGGUGCGGCGCACCAGUUUGUGCUCACGUGAAAAAUUCAAAUUAACAAGUCUCUUAAAUCAAUUGAUAUUCUUCAUAGAUAAUCUACAGUAUUAUAUACAAGUCGAUGUCUUGGAGAGCCAAUUCAGCAUACUUUUGAACACCAUACAAAAUAAAGCAGAUUUCGAGGAGAUACAAAAGGCGCACAGCAUAUUUUUGGCCAAUAUUCUCUCACUAUGCUUUCUAUUGACUAAUGAAGAGAGUAAUAAACUAAAUAUCAAUCAAUUUAUAAUCUCACAGUCUAAUAAUCCGAUUUAUAAUAUCCUAAUCGAUAUCUUCAAUGUCUGUGACAACCUGAGUACCGUUUUGGGGGGACAUGAGUGGCUUGGUGUGAAUACUAGAGAUUAUGUUGAACAGCAAGAUGAGCGAUUUAGCGCAUUGAUGGAUCAGUUGAUUAAUUAUCUAAUCAGUUUGAAGACAAAUCCGACAACAACGCCAUUGUCGCAGUUACUGCUGCGUUUAGAUUUUAAUCAUUGGUUCAGUACCAAGAAAAAACAGCAAUUUGCAUAGCAAUGUGCCUAAGAAUAUUAUACUAUUCAUUAAACUAUCAAAUACUCUGUAUUAUUUUGUUUACAUAUGUUGCAUUAAAAAAAUAAAUGAAUUAUUUAAAAUCAAUAAAAAA